AUGCUGUCUGCACGAGUGGCUGCGCGCCAGCUGCCCCGGCUGGGCCGCCGGCAGUUCGCUACUGUCAAUGACACCGCCCUGACCAAGAAGGUCGAGAUGACCAACUGGGAGAAGGGCCACUACAUCAACUACGCCGGCAUGAACGAGAACCUCAACAUUGUGCGGAGUCGCCUGAACCGCCCACUCACAUACGCCGAGAAGAUCCUUUACUCCCAUCUUGACGACCCUCACGGCCAAGAUAUUGAGCGAGGCAAGAGCUAUCUCAAGCUCCGGCCCGACCGCGUUGCUUGCCAGGAUGCUACGGCUCAGAUGGCUAUCCUUCAAUUUAUGAGCGCUGGCAUGCCCAGCGUGGCUACACCUACCACUGUCCACUGUGACCAUCUUAUUGAGGCGCAGGUUGGUGGCGAGAAGGAUCUUGAGAGGGCAUACAACAUCAACAAAGAGGUCUACGACUUCUUGAGCACAUCCUGCGCCAAAUACAACAUUGGUUUCUGGAAGCCCGGCUCUGGUAUCAUUCACCAGAUCGUGCUUGAGAACUACGCUUUCCCCGGUGGUCUCAUGAUUGGUACCGACUCCCACACGCCCAAUGCCGGUGGUCUUGGCAUGUGUGCGGUUGGUGUCGGAGGUGCGGACGCUGUGGAUGUCAUGGCCAACCUGCCAUGGGAGGUCAAGGCUCCUAAGAUCAUUGGUGUUAAGCUCACUGGCAAGCUUUCUGGCUGGACUGCACCAAAGGACAUUAUCCUGAAGGUUGCCGGUAUCCUGACCGUCAAGGGAGGAACUGGUGCCAUUGUCGAAUACCACGGUCCUGGUGUCAACAGCUUCAGCUGCACUGGAAUGGCUACCAUUUGUAACAUGGGUGCUGAAAUCGGUGCCACCACCUCCGUCUUCCCCUUCAACGACCGCAUGUAUGACUACCUGGCCGCCACCAAGCGUCAACACAUUGGCGACUUCGCUCGAUCUUACGCUGCCGACCUGAGGGAAGAUGAGGGCGCUGAGUACGACGAGUUCAUUGAGAUCAACUUGGAUGAGCUGGAGCCACACAUCAACGGACCUUUCACCCCAGAUCUUGCCACCCCUCUCAGCAAGUUCAAGGAGGCUGUUAAGGAGAACAAGUGGCCAGAGGAGCUCAAGGUCGGUCUUAUCGGCUCUUGCACCAACUCUUCCUACGAGGACAUGAGCCGCGCCGCAUCGAUUGCCCGUGAUGCCCUCGAUCACGGCAUCAAGGCGAAAUCUAUCUUCACCGUCACUCCCGGAUCUGAGCAGAUUCGCGCUACCAUUGAGAGAGAUGGCCAGUUGCAGACUCUCGAGGAGUUCGGUGGGAUGGUCCUCGCCAAUGCUUGUGGCCCGUGCAUCGGACAGUGGGAUCGCAGAGACGUAUCCAAAGGCGAGCCAAACUCGAUUGUCUGCUCGUACAACCGCAACUUCACGGGCCGCAAUGACGCCAACCCUGCCACUCACUCCUUUGUGACCUCUCCAGACCUCGUCGUCGCCAUGACUAUCGCCGGUGACUUGAAGUUCAACCCCAUCACCGACACUCUCAAGGACAAGGACGGCAAGGAGUUCAAGCUCAAGCCACCAACUGGCGACGGUCUUCCCAAGAACGGUUAUGACGCUGGAAGAGAUACCUACCAAGCUCCCCCAGAAGAUCGCUCUCAAGUCUCUGUCGCCGUCUCCCCAACUUCUGACCGCCUUCAAAUCCUCGAGCCAUUCAACGCUUGGGAUGGUAAGGACGCAAACAACCUUCCCAUCCUGAUCAAGGCACAAGGCAAGACCACCACUGACCACAUUUCGAUGGCUGGCCCAUGGUUGAAGUACCGUGGCCAUUUGGACAACAUCUCCAACAACAUGCUUAUCGGUGCCAUUAAUGCAGCCAACGGCGAGGCCAACAAGGUGAAGAACCAGGAGACUGGCGAAGUUGACGCUGUGCCAGCUGUUGCCCGUGACUACAAGAAGCGAGGCAUCAGGUGGGUCGUUAUCGGUGACUGGAACUACGGAGAAGGCUCUUCCCGUGAACACGCUGCUCUGGAACCAAGACAUCUUGGAGGUCUCGCCAUCAUCACCCGAUCCUUCGCCCGUAUCCACGAGACGAAUUUGAAGAAGCAGGGUAUGCUUCCAUUGACCUUCUCCAACCCAGAGGAUUACGACAAGAUCAAGCCAGACGACCGUGUCGAUCUCAAGGCCACCGAGCUCGCUGUUGGCAAGCCAAUCACGAUGGUUGUCCACCCAGCAGACGGCAGCAAGCCAUUCGAAGUUAAGCUCAGCCACACCUUCAACGAGUCACAACUUGAGUGGUUCGUGAACGGCAGCGCAUUGAACACCAUGGCCAAGAAGGCCUCGUCGUAG